UCGAGGCUGGGGGUGGUGCCUGGAUGAUGCCCCGAUGAAGGCCAGGUUGUCUCUUACCUCAGUGCUUCCUGGCGUUCUGUACACCGCAGUUCAUCAGUGUCGCCUGCAGUAUGGAUCCGGGUCUCGUCUCUGUGAUGACGUGGAUAAUGUAUGCAGCACUCUGUGGUGCACUGUCGGAACAACCUGCCACUCAAAGCUGGAUGGCGCCGUUGAUGGAACAAGCUGUGGGGAGGACAAGUGGUGCAUCAAUGGAGAGUGUGUACCAUCAGGACAUAAGCCAGAGAGUGUACAUGGCGGCUGGGCUUCCUGGAGUGAGUGGUCAGCUUGUACCAGGACCUGUGGUGCUGGAAUCCAGAGUGCAGAAAGAGAAUGCGAUAACCCUGUUCCAAAACACAGAGGAAAGUAUUGUCUGGGAGUACGCAGGAAGUACAAGAUCUGUAACACCAGGCCAUGUCAACCUGAUAAGCCUUCCUUCAGAGACAUUCAGUGUACUCACUUCAACACUCUGCCAUAUAAGGGCAAGUUUUACAAGUGGCAUGCAGUUAUCAACAAAGCGAACCCAUGUGAACUUCACUGCCGUCCUUACAACGAAAAUUUCUCUGAGAAAAUGCGGGACGUCGUCGUCGAUGGGACCCCUUGUUACGAAGACAACAAAAGUAGAGAUAUGUGCAUCAAUGGGAUUUGUCAGAAUAUCGGCUGCGAUUAUGUGAUUAACUCCAACUCUGUCGAGGAUCGCUGUGGAGUCUGCAAUGGUAACGGCUCCACCUGCACAACUGUCAGGAGAACAUUUAAAAAGAGCGAAGGAAUAGGCUAUGUAGAUGUCGGCCUGAUCCCAGAGGGAGCCUGGGAUAUCCUGAUUGAGGAGGUGGCUGAAGCUGGGAACUUCCUGGCGCUGCGAAGUGACAACCCCAGCAGGUAUUUUUUAAAUGGAGGCUGGACCAUCCAGUGGAAUGGAGAAUACAAGGCAGCAGGAGCAGUAUUCACUUAUGAGAGGACGGGACAACUGGAAAAUCUGACAUCGCCUGGGCCCACGAUGGAGCCACUGUGGAUUCAGCUUCUCUUUCAGGAAACCAAUCCAGGUGUGCGAUAUGAGUACACAGUCAGUCAAAAUUCUUCCAAAGAUGACGACAGCUUUGGGUACACUUACUUCUGGAAAUAUGGAUCAUGGACUGAAUGCAGCGUUACUUGUGGGAGAGGUGUACAGAGGCAGAUAGUUUACUGUGUGGAAAAGACUACUGGGAUUGCUGAGGAGCAUUUCUGCGACCCCUCAACUCGACCUGAUGACAACCAAACCAGCUGUUACCGGGAUCCUUGUCCAGCAAUAUGGUGGGUUGGAGAAUGGCAUAAGUGCUCAGCAAGCUGUGGUAGCCUGGGUCAGGCUAUAAGGACAGUCCUUUGCAUCCAAGCUGUGAGCGCAGAAGAACAGAAAGCUUUGGAUCCAAGUGACUGCAACCAUAUCCCCAGGCCUGAGUCUGUAUCCGUCUGCAACAUACACAUCCCCUGCCCUGCAGACUGGAGCACUGGAAGCUGGUCAAAGUGUUCAGUAACUUGUGGUCCUGGAACGCAUCACCGCAAUGUAACCUGCUCCAGGAACACCGGGGUAGAUUGUGACCCUCAAAACAAACCGUCGGCGGUCACAAGCUGCCAGGUUCGGGACUGUCCCUCGGUUUUGGAUAAUUUUGGAGGCAUCGAAUGGUCUGGCAGUGGUUGGAUGAGCAAUGAGGUGUUCAAUGAAAUAAAUAUCCUUUCUGAAGCCAAACCUCCCCCCAAAUAUGGCACCAACAGAGGUCAGCCGAGGAGUCAGAAAGACCACAAUUACGUUGUUGAGGGAGAUUUCCUCUACAACAAUAACAUUGAAAAUAACCAGAAUUCCAUUGAAGAUAAUGAACCUUCUCGUGAAACCAGCGUUCACAUCGACGAUUUCUACUAUGAUUACAACUUUAUCGACUUUCAUGAGGACUUAUUUAAUGAACUUGGGAUAUUUGAGGAGGAAUCGGAGGACAGUCACAGUUUAAACUCUCCGCAAGAAGCAAAGCCAACCCAGUUUAUAAAAGAAGAGGGUUUGACAGAAACUCCACAGGUUCCCAUUACUACUUCACCUCCUAGGUUGAUUACAGACCUCCACCCUUUGCAAACUGAAGAGCCAGAAAGCAUAGAAAUAAAUGUCAAAAAGGUUCACUCUGAGCAAGAAUCUCAAGAUGAAAUAAAUGACUUUCUGUAUGAAGAUCACCUUCUCCCAGUAUCUGCCACCAGACCAUCUCCACUGUCCACAACCCCAGAUUCACAAACUGUACAAAAAGGUAAAAGUCUGAUGCCUGAAGUUAUCAGCACAAAGCAGAGUCUGGUUGUCAUCACAAAGUGGCCUGUAGAGGAUGAAACACGGGGUCAUUCUGGAGAGCAGAUGGAAUAUAACUACAGCGAUUCCAGUGAGGAGGAAAAUCACUUUUACCGUCUCACUGUGCCUCCGACACACACUGCUCCUGCUGCCAGAACUAUAACCACUGAUGUUACCUCAAAAUUAAAUGCUCGAAAGGUUGUUACAGCAUAUAUAUCUUCAGAUGAAGAUGUGGAAAGUUCAGAACCUUUAGGCGCUCCGUCUCUAGAGAAGGGAAGUCAGGCUGUGACUGAUCUUGACAGUAAUGUUUCAGAAAUACCUCAAACAACCAGUCAGUACUCAGACAUUCCAGGUGCUUUCACGGAGGAGGAUUGGGAUCUGAAUCAGAAUCGUUUUGCUAAGGGUGACGGUAACCUCUGGGAUUCAAAACUUGAGCUCAGCACAUCAUCACCUCUUUUCUCGGAGAAACCCUCACCUCCUCCUAUUCCCCUCCUUCUAAUCUCAGGUAAACAAGACAUGUCUGACUCUAUAUUUUCAACUGAAACAGAUGUCAGAUUGGAUAAAAUCUUCCAGGGAGCUACAAGCACCCCUCCAGAUGGAAAACAGAUACCUUCAUACGCUGAGAAAACUGGAACAGACGGAGCAUUCCAGCCUACUUCAUUUUAUUUGUCUGAUUUUCAUUACAAUGAUAUAUUAAUUCCCUCUGUGGUGCAGAGCAGCGAUAACAGUCAUUCAGGAGCUAAACACCAAUCUAUACCCACAUCAAUCAUUCCUAAACUUAGCUCAGCUCCAGCACAGCAGGUAAAAUCAACGACACCAAGUGCUCUAAUUCUCCCAACUUCAGCUCCACUUCUACAUUCAGUCCAAACUUCAGCCUCCACACUGGUCAAUAGUGCAGCCUUCUGGAUUACUGGUAACUGGAGCUCUUGCUCCACUAGCUGCGGUCUGGGUGCUAUAUGGAGGACUCUGAUUUGCAGCACUGGCUCAGAAUCAGACUGUGAUCAAACCAAGAGGCCUGCACCUGCCAGACAGUGUUACCUGAGGCCUUGCUCCUCGUGGAAGGUUGGGGAAUGGAGUAAGUGCUCCAAAAACUGUGAAGGUGGAAUUAAAUUGAGAGAGGUUCAGUGUUUUGACCUGAGAGAUCAAAGACCUCUUCGACCUUUCCACUGCCGGGCCAUGUCCAGCAGGCCAUUAGCACAAAUGCCAUGCAAUGUACGGACAUGUCUUGACUGGUACACGUCCUCCUGGGGCCAGUGCUCUGAGGUGUGCGGAGGUGGUGAGCAGCAGCGCAUAGUCACCUGUCCAGAGGAUGAUCGAUGCGACCGAGACCUUCAGCCAAGCGCUAUUCAAUCCUGCAACAUCCAGCCUUGUGCUCAGUGGCUUACUGGAUCAUGGGGACAGUGUUCAGCUUCUUGCGGAGGAGGACUGCAGCAUCGGCUCAUCAAAUGUGUCAACACAAAGGCAGAGGAUUCAGAAGAAUUGGAUCAAGAUCAGUGUGACAACAAGCUAAAACCAAACAACAACCAAAAGUGUAACAUGCAGGAUUGCAAAACUGCUCCCUCAGAAGCAGUUUGUGUUCGGGACUGGCUGACGUCUCGUUUCUGCCUGACUCUCCGCUCCCUCGGCCGCUGCCGCCUGCCAAACAUGCAAAUCCAGUGUUGCAAGACGUGCAGUCAGCGUGGCAGCAUCAGCAGGGUGUUUCGCCACUGAGGUCCCAAUAUCUCCUGGGCUGCAUCCAUGGGGUAAAAAAACAACAGGUCAUUACAGGGAGUCAACCACUGGGGAGCUCUACUGAACAACAGAUAAAUGAACAGGCACUGAGACACGUGCAGCACAAUAGGCUGAUGUGCAGUACUGAAAGCAACAAACCAAGAAUGUAAACAUUUGUUUGUCCUUUUUAUGUAAGACAAUUUGACGACGUCCGUUUGGCAGAAUUAAGUGUUUUUACAUAAGAUGAGAUCCUUCCAGUGUACCCAGCUAUAAUGCAUUAAUACACAUAUAGAUAAACUGCAAAUUAAUCUUUUAAGUUGUAAUUUUAUUUUUUUUUAGUUUAAUGGUGGCUGCGGAAUCCUACAAUGUACAGAUCAGUGGUUUUCCGUAUGUGGUACAGGUGCUGGGGAAGCAAAACAUAUGGUGCAUAGCUGAUACCAGAGACACUAUUUCACUAAGUCCUAUGCUUUUGGCAUCUUUAUUUCUUUUUGCUAUUAUGGUAGCUUUUGGU